GCCCGCCCCCUCCGCACCGCACCGCACGGCCGGCGGCACUGCGCUGCAGUCAGCGGAUGGAGCGCGCUCUGCUUUGACUCAUCGCUCACAGGCAGGUCGCUCCUCAGAGAUAACCAACGUGUUGCCCUGAUACGUGCGUUGUUUGAAUCCUCCUCAGUAGCACGGAUCCCUCAGUGGUGAACUUCAUGACGAGCUGAAGCGCCGGCUGCCAGGAGACACCAGGAAAUCAGAGCAGAAGGUGAGUGGUACACCGUGUCACAGUGAGCACCCGGAGCUGAGAGGAGCAGGGUCUGCUUUUGAGGAGAACUCCAUGUGAAACGUCACUGGACAAAAUGGGGAAUGCAUCAAUGAAACACAAACACCUGAGGCAGCCAGACAGACACGUAGCAAACCUAGCUCUUGGUUGUGCUAGCCACUAUAAGUUUCUAACGGACCCUGGUCUGGGCAUCCAUGUGACUGGACAAGUUGAUGUGCUUUGCAGCAGGGUGCUUGAACUGGAAAAGGAGCUGAAAAGAAAAGAUGAAGAGUUGCAAGAGGGUCAAAGUCUUGUUGCUGAGCUUCAGGAGCAGCUGUCUGUGCAGACUAAGGUCAUCGCAGAACUCACCAAGGAACUUCAGAGCAAGUGCAUACAGCUGAACAAGCUGCAGGAUGUUAUUAACACUCAAGGAGAACACUCUCUUCAGCCUUCUCCAUUUAGAGUGACUCCAAAGAAUCAAAUCUCUGCUGACAGGAGGAAAGGAGCUAAGGAGGGUGUAUCUGCAGAGCCAACAACACAGCUCUAUGAUUCCAGCAAACAAGCUAGAUUUUCCUUUGAAAAAUCAAGGGUCCGAAAGGAUUCCAGUGAGAAAAAGCUCAUCACGGAUGCCCUGAAUAAAAAUCAGUUCUUGAAGAGACUGGAACCUCAGCAGAUCCGAGAGAUGGUGGAAUGUAUGUACGAGAGGACUUUCCAGCAGGGGAGUUAUGUCAUCAGACAAGGAGAGCCAGGCAAUCACAUUUUUGUCCUCAAAGAGGGCAGACUGGAAGUCUUCCAGCAGAAUAAACUGCUCUCCUCCAUACCUGUGUGGACAGCGUUUGGUGAACUGGCCAUUUUAUACAACUGCACGCGGACGGCUUCCGUGAAAGCAAUCACCAAUGUUAAAACAUGGGCACUGGACAGAGAAGUGUUUCAAAACAUCAUGAGAGUGACAGCACAGACAAGACAAGAACAGUACAGAAACUUUCUUAGAAGUGUGUCCCUCUUAAAAAACUUGCCAGAAGAUAAACUGACCAAAAUCAUGGACUGCCUGGAGGUGGAGUACUAUAACAAAGGAGAUUAUGUUAUUCGGGAAGGAGAAGAGGGAAAUACCUUCUUUAUAAUAGCAAAAGGAAAGGUAAAGGUUACCCAGAGUACUGCAGAUCACUCACAGCCUCAGCUGAUUAAAAAUCUGCAUAAAGGAGAUUACUUUGGAGAAAAGGCCCUCAUUAGUGAUGAUGUCAGAUCAGCAAAUGUUAUUGCGGAUGAAUAUGACGUGGAGUGCCUCGUUAUAGAUAGAGACACAUUUAAUCAAACUGUUGGAACUUAUGAGGAGUUACAAACCUACCUUGAGGGUUAUGUGGCUAAUCUGGCCCGGGCUGAUGAAAAGCGACAUGCCAAAAGAAGAUCCUUCUGUGGACAGUCAACCAAAGAGGUGUCUUUGGAAAUGAUACAGCUGAAGGAGAAAGUAGCCCAGUUCCCUUCUUCCCCAUUCCAGAAUUUAGAAGUUGUCACAACUCUCGGUGUUGGUGGGUUCGGAAGGGUUGAACUUGUUAAGGUAAAAAAUGAGAACGUGGCUUUUGCUAUGAAGUGUAUAAAGAAGAAACAUGUAGUGGACACCAAACAACAAGAGCAUAUAUAUUCUGAAAAGAAAAUCCUUGAGCAGAUAUGUUCUCCUUUCAUUGUGAAACUGUAUCGCACAUUCAAGGAUAGUAAGUAUGUGUACAUGCUGCUGGAGGCUUGCCUUGGCGGGGAGUUGUGGAGCUUGCUGAGAGACAGAGGCUGCUUUGAUGAACCCACUACAAAGUUCUGUGUUGGCUGUGUGACAGAGGCUUUGGACUAUCUACAUCACAUAGGAAUUGUCUACAGAGACUUGAAGCCAGAAAACUUAAUUUUGGAUGCUGAAGGGUAUAUAAAAUUGGUUGAUUUUGGAUUUGCAAAAAAGAUCGGAUCAGGGCAGAAAACCUGGACGUUCUGUGGAACCCCUGAGUAUGUUGCUCCAGAAGUCAUUCUGAGUAAGGGCCAUGACUUCAGUGUGGAUUUUUGGUCCCUUGGGAUUCUUGUGUAUGAACUCCUUACUGGCAGUCCACCGUUCUCUGGGGCUGAUCAGAUGACAACAUAUAAUUUGAUUCUAAAAGGCAUUGAAAAGCUGGAUUUUCCGAGAACAAUAACAAGGCGGCCUGAGGAUUUGAUCCGCAGACUCUGCAGGCAGAACCCAACAGAAAGAUUAGGCAAUCUGAGGAAUGGAAUUAAUGACAUUAAGAAGCACAGGUGGUUGAAUGGUUUUAACUGGGAUGGUCUGAAACUGAGGAAAUUAGCAUCACCUUUAAAAAGAGAGUUGUCUGGACCAACUGAUUACAGCUACUUUGACAGCUAUCCACCUGAAGAGGGAAUGCCUCCAGACGAACUUUCUGGCUGGGACAAGGAUUUCUGACACUUUUUUCUUCCAGGACAUCAAUAGAGACUCAUGGGCAUCAGUUCUAAACCUGUUCUUGUGUUUCUUGCUUAAAACCAAAGUACACGAUGUUUUUGAAAAACGUUAUGUUCCCUGGAGAAGACGGUACAGCAACCAGAACUUGUUUGGGUAAUGCACCAAAUUCUGAGUGCAUCUCCUUGUAACAAAAGCAUGCAGAUGCAACCUGAAUAAUUUUUGAUACACAAUAUCUCUAUGAGCAUUUUCUGACACUAUAGAUGGAUGCAUGGUUUUGCCACAGGGAAUUUCACUAGCAAAUAUUUUGAUAUCAACAAGGUUACCACGUCUUUAUUUUGAACAGAGAGAAUGAAGAUUAUGGGCCCAUAACUUUGUAGAAUUUGUCAAUACCUGGCACUACCGGCAUUUAUUUUUCAUUUUAUAAUUAGUCUAUGGUGCGUUUUGCUCUUUCCAGUAAUGGGCAGUACUGCAUUGAUCCAGAAGCAUGUAGAAACAAGACUUUUUCUACGGGAAUGAUUUGACUUGAUGCUGCAGCUUAAAGGGUAUCACUGGAAACUGCCUCUCUAUCAGCUUAGUUCUGCACCAGGUUGAGCAUGUGAAAUGGGGUAUAACAGGUCGAAUGAAAAUCCAGCAGGGAACUAGGUAAAUGCAUUGUAGAUUUUUCCUGGAAAAGCAGACUCUGAUGUGUAUUUCCCUAACUGCUUCAAAGAGCUAUGUCUGCAUCUUAAAAUGUUGUGCUUUUAUGUACCGUGAAGUUAAAAUAGAUAGACAAAAAGAAUUAUUCUUGCAAGAAGAAAUAUGUAAGUACAGAAUCAUAUUUUGUCCUUCAAAUAUAUUUUCAAUGAUAUUUUGCUUUCAUUGGUAUUUUGCUGAAACUAUGAAAUUUGCCGAAACAUCAAUGCUAAAACUCCCACUCAUUUUUAUGUCCCACUUGCUAUCACUAGAUGUGGAUACCUGUGGGUGGUAGACAUAAAUGAGAAAAAGGACAGCUGCUGACUUGGUAUUUCCGAGUGAACUAGUAUCCCAGAUGGGUUUUACAAUCUCCUUACAGGUUUUUAGGACAUGAUCGAUCAGAGACUUGAGCAACUCAAUCUGGACUCAGUGUUGACCCUUCUCUGAGCAGGAGGUUGGAAUCCAAUGAUCCAGGAAUUAAUUUUAACAGUCAGUUACUUGCAUAAUUACAAUAUAUCAUGACACUUUUCCCCAUGUGAGUUUGUAGAUGCUUGAUUUUUGUCACUUAACGUCUAUAUUAUUAGAACAGAAGAGUUCUUUUGAAAUGUUGAUUGGAUGAUAAAUGCAAUUGGGUGUCGAGUGCUCAUGAUUUAAACAUAAAACUCUCUUGCUUCCUGCUAUGAGGGCACGGCAUCUUCCUGGGGAUCAUGCUGGUUUUCUUGCAUCAGUGCAUCUGUAGCCCCUGAUAAGAAUUGGUUCAGUUCCCAACAUAAAUUUAGAUAUUUAAGCUGCAUGGCACACUGCUGGAGGGAAGAGCUCGCAGGAAACUUGUGAAGUGUGCUCGAGGCUUCUUAAAUGACACUGGCUGACUUAUUAGCUGCUGGUUAUGACCUAUCCCAACUGGGCAAGGAAGGGAAUGCCAUUGAGGCUAUCCAUUUUCCCUAUUUUUGGUGAAUGAAGGAACCGGAUCUUCCACUUCUGAGGUCAGUGUAAAGCUACUGCUUUACCUUAGAGAGCUAGGGAGUAGGGAGCUGGGGCUGUAAUCGAUGAGGAACACACAUUUUGCUGUUUUGAGGGGGAAUUGCUCUUCACUGAACCUCUGCAUGAUGAACAACUGAAUGUGCUGUAGAACAUUCAUUUGGCUGUUUUGGGCAGAAAUCUAACAAAAUGUUUUCAUUAAAAAUUGUAGGAAACAAGGAGAUCCUUGAACUGAUGCAUUACACUGUGUAGGCUAAUUGAUUUGUUCCACGUUAACAAAUAUUUUUUAUUGCCAAGCAGUCUGACAGAUUGACUUUCUUUGACAGAUCAAUAUUUUGCACAGCAUUCAGCCCAAAUGAAGGCAGCAGAGUACUUUCCAUUGGAAAAUUAUCAGGACAGAGAGGGUGGAUCGGAGGAUUUAAGCUAGGACUACAGGUGCUUUAGACCCUUGCAGCAGCUCCACUUACUUCUUACCACCAAAGAACAGAUUUUCUUUUCAGGAUUUAGACAAGACUAGAUGCUAUGGAUGUGUGUUUCUGUGUGUCUCUGUCUGUCUCUCAUACAUAUUUUUAUUAUAGUCAAAAGAAUAUUGAGCCAAAUUUUAUAAAAAGAUUUUGAAUGUAUUUUUCCAUUGUAUCUAUAGGUAGUUUUCCUUGAGAUACAUAACAAUAAAUAUAUAUAUCGUUUUUUAAGUGAGGAAAUAUAAGUAACUGCACUGGUCAUUACAGUUAGCAAUUAAGUCUGUGGAAAAACAGGAUGUUUUGUUUAUGAAGCAAUCAUGUUGCUUGUUUAACUUGCAGAGUGUGCAAAUAAAAAAAUAAGCUUGCAGUGCAAUGGGUAGGACAGUGCCUUUUUACAGUCUCGUUCCACACAGCAGGAUCACUGAGGAUGGAAAUGACCUCUAAGAUCAUCUAGUACAAGUAUCAACCCAUCAACACUAUGCCCUCUCAGAGAAUCAUUAAAGUUGGACAGGACCACUAAGAUAAUCAAGUCCAGCAGUCAGCAUAUCUCCCACUCAAAAUAUAUGCAUCCUAGGGGAUGCUGAGAAAAUAAAUGACGUGUAAGAAGGUACAAGAAUUGAGAUUACAGGUCUCUGUUGUGUUUACGUAGGGGAUCAUGAGCACUUCUUUUCUGAAACGUGUGCAGAUGACUAAGCUGAAAUGUUCCAGGACCAGAAGAUGAUAAAGUCCAGCCUACACAUUGCUUGAACUGACUCAAACUGUCUUUAGCAGAUGGAUGUACUAUAGACUUAAUCUUGUCACCUGUGAGGUUAUGCUGUUGCAAAACAAGAGGGCAAAUAGACAACUUUCACAGGGCAGGAGACACUGGGAGAUCUGAAUGGUUGGUUAGACUAUGAUCAGAUUGGACUGUUUGUGUCACUUCUGAUAAAUCAGGGCUUAGGGCUGGUUCGUAGAAGAUUAUACAGAGCUCCUGAAAUAAGGUGAACCCACAGAAGUCAGUGAUAAGCUGUGGCUGACCUACCAUCGCCAGCACCUCACUGAUGCACAGCAGUUGAGAAGUGGCAAGUGUAAUUUUAAAGCAUAUUUAAGGUACUUUGCAGAGCUACAGCCAUUACCCUUACUGAGCUGCAGGCUAGCAACAUCAAAAGCCACAGUGAUUAAACUCUUGGGCCAACAGCAGGAGGCACAGUUGUUUAAUAAUCUAGUUGGCCACUGCGGAAGUAAGGUCCAUCCUCAGGUAAGUUGUUGGGCACACAGACUUAAGAGAACCUGCUAAAGAGAGAACACAGGAAAAAGGAAGCUUAAAUCCACGCUGAUGUGUAACGCCUUGACUUCUUUGUGAUUCUCUGCUGACAAACUAUUGGGCUGAGUAAGCAGCUGCAAUUCCUUUUUUCCAGGGUUUUCCAUAAAAGGGGAAAUCAGAAGGGCAACAUAGCAUUGUAACAGAUAGCUAAAAGCUACUGAGCUGCAAAUAAAUACACAAUUUCUAAAUUGCAAGAGGGACAAUGAAUAUGAGGUACAUUUCAGAGCUUCUCUGUGCCAAUAGACUGAACAGAAUGGGAGAAUCCAGUACCAACGGAUUCAGCAGUAUUGGAAAAAUAAACUUAUUUUGAUGCUUACCCGAUACAAUUGGCUUUACCAGUUUAAAAGUGUAUUUGAAAAAGGAAUGUACCUCACUUACCUGAAAAACUAAUACUAAAUCUGUGUUUCUUUAUCAAACCUUCUCAUUGGCUCCCAGAGCAGAUUGAAAAUAGGUUCUGUAAUAAUCUUACUAUAGCAUUUAAAUAUAGAUGUGUUGACAGUAAGUAUAGCGUGUUGUCCCCUUUUUUCCAUAGAAACACAGAAUCCUUAAGGCUGGAAAAGGUCUCUAAGAUCACCGAGUCCAACCCUCAACCCAUCCCCACCACGUUCAUUGACCACGUCCCUCUGUGCCCCAUGAAAUAUUUUUGCAGUCAUCCCUCUGACCUAAGAUUGCCAGGUUUUUUAUUCCAACAGUCUUCUAAAAGAAACCGAAAUUCAUGUCACUGCAAGCGCCCAAAAAGUUCUUUAAGGAGAACAUAAAUGCUUCCUCUCCAAAUCUUAUUCCCCCUCCAUCUGUUUGUGGGGCAUGAAUUAGUAGCCUGUUAGCCAAUAGAAAACCCCAUCAAAAAUGUGUCUUCAGCUAAUUGUACAUGGUGACUAAGUCAGGAAACAGUGUUAGCUUUGCAGAUGAUACAAAAGUUUAUUGGGAAGUAAAGUGCUCAGUUUACAGAUCAAUACAUUCUUGAUCAUUGCAGAAGGCUUGCAUAAUUAACAGCUUCCUAAUGAGACCAAACACUGUACAUAGCUUUUCUAUGCAAAACCUUAUUGCUAAGUGGAAAAAAUGUGCUAGAAUCUAAAAUUAAAAAAUGAAAUAAUACCAAUGUUCAGAACAUUUGUCAGGCAACCAUGCUCUCACUGCACAGCCAUUGUCACACACAUGGAUAUCCCAUGGAAACUAUGCGCACUUCAAGAUGAAGUUUGUUAUAAGUAACGACACGUUACAGAAAUACAGCUUAACACGUACAGCUAGGAAUGCAAAUUCAUUUUCAUGAAAAAAACGUAUAGUACAAAGAAAGAUAAGUGACAUCUUCAGGAAAAAGGCACAACUGGCAGCCUCCUUGCUAAGCCAACAUCCCACAGGCUGAAACAAUGCUGUGCCUCAGUGCUUUCUAUUGGAAAGCAACAUUUUAACUUCAGUGGUGCAUCUCUCCUUCCAACAACAAAUCAUCUAUGACAUGAAAGACACAGAAAGUGCCUUCCAUAUAUCCUAGGAUAAAUGCAAAACAUGGCAAAAAAAAAAAAGAGGGGGGGAGGCACUGUGACGGAG